AUGGACCAAGAUUCCGACUUCUCAUAUGAAGAACAAGAUGCUGCCGUCAUCUCACCACCACGGAUCAAGACGGAGAGGCCUUCCAACGAAGUCGCGGAAACUGACUUGAGCACCGGAUAUGAAGGGCAUAGAGAGCCAGAUAGUGAAGAAAGUGACUACGUUGAAGAAGACGACGACGAAAAUGCUUUAUCGGCAGCAGAAAGUCAGGAUCUGCGGUCGCCUCUUAAGAGACCCUUGGAUGACACGAUAGCGGUAUAUAGGCCGUUCAAACGACAAAGAAGUGAACUUAAUCUUGGAUACCUGGAGCUUCUCAACAAGGAGAUUCAGGAUGCUGCGCAGCAGAGCUCUUUUGGUGACCUAGAACUGCCCACCGCCGGUGAAAUUGGUCUCACACCCUGGUCUGCGGCAGAGAAGCUGAAAUUUUUCGAAGCCGUAGCACGCCUCGGGAAACAUGACUUGCCUGGCAUCGCCACCAAGAUUGGGAGCAAAAGCAUCGCAGAAGUCAGCCACUACCUGCACCAUCUCCAAGAAGCCUCUGAUUUGAGGCAGCAGCACGGGUCUCGCUCAAUUCUGGAGUUUGCAGAGUAUCCUGCUGCUGUGGAGAUCAGUCAGCAGUGCUGCCAUGCUCAAGAAGAAGCCGCGGAUGAGAUUUCGCUCAAGCAGGAAGCACGCGAGGAGUUGCGGGAGCAGAAUCGGUGGGGAGAUGUAUGGGAAAUCACCCCAAAGGUUGCUAAGAAGCUUAGCAGGGAUGUUCAUCGACAGGACGCAAAUUCUGCCGGUGUGCCCCAGUUUGCUCAACUCUUUCAUGCGUCAAAAUGGCUGGAGCUUUCAGCACGCAUGUUUAUGAACUCUUCAGUUCCUGGCAACAACUGGAAUUCAGUUAAUGAAGAACCUCCGUCGAUGUGGGCUACAACGUUUGAUGAUUUUCAUUCAUUAGCCAUAUCAGUCACGCGAAGACUUGUUCAGACGACGCUUUUCAUGGCUAUGUCUAGGAUCAGAGCAAAGAAUGCCAUGGGAAGCAAAGUCAGAGAAAUGGUACAACUACAGGACGCCGAAGCCGCCAUUUCGUCUCUGAAUAUGGCUGGCGAGUCGAAUGAAGCUUGGAUCAAGAGUGCUCGUAGAUUACGUCUCGAUGUUUACGAAGACCCUCCCGAAGGGGAUGAGGAACUUGAUGAAGAGCGCAUGACUUAUGAGGAAGUGGAACAGGCCUUAUCUGGUGAGGGAGCAGCUGGGCCACAACAGCAGGCGCAGCCAGAUACCCCCUUUUCGACUCAACACAGUGAUGAGGACGAGGAAGAUGGCUCCCCAGAUAAUCUUUCCGAUUCGAGCAGAUCACCGUCUCCUACCAACGUGGAAGAGCAAGAAAUCGACAUGGAGACAAUGGAAAUAUUGGAGUACUCGGUUAUGGACAUCCGGGCUGAUAAAGCUACAAAAAAGGCUAUAAAGGCGUGCAUAGCCGUGGAACGACAAAAGGAGAGGCAAGCCGAGGAAAUUGACCAAUAUGCUAGCUACAAGGCGGAAGUCGAAAUGUGGAAUGUGCUGCAGAAGAAGCCGCCCAUGGAGCUACCUAAAAUGCAAGAUCCUGGUCCGCCACGACGGUCGAACCAGAGUCUAGAUAAUUUUUAUCCCAGUGGACGGGAUUGGGCUCGCAAGCUGUUGUACUACAGCGAGUGGGAAACGCUGCCACAGCCUGAGCCGGAGCCGGAAUCCAGGUUGAAGGAGGAGGAAAUGGUGGUUGAGGAAGAAGCUGGGGACGAGGGAGGUGAUGAAGCAGAAGAAGAAGCAGAGGAGGGCAGCCAAGGGAUAGACGAAGACGAAGGUGGAGAAGAGCAGGAUGAAGAUGAGGAUGAGGAGGAAAGUGAUGCAUGA